AUGACACACUGCAAAAACUCCCUUAAGAAAAUGCUGCCAAAGACAUAUCUUCGCAAGCAGGUAGCCCAUGAAAUAUAUGUUGCACUGAUUCAUUUCAGAAGCCUUUCUCCAGUAGUGAAUGACUAUGUUUACAAUGAUGGAACCACCAAGGUGUUGAUGAGUCUAACAGGAACCCUUCCGAUCUUUUUUAAAGAUGUGCGCUACAACAUUCCCGUGUGUGUGUGGCUUGAGGAAAGCUACCCUCAGUCAGCCCCCAUCUGCUACGUCAGACCCACGAGUGAGAUGAUGAUUCUGCAAGGACACUACGUGUCCAGCAAUGGAGAGGUCCUGCUUCCCUACCUGCAGGACUGGAAGCAGGGGCAGUGUGACCUGAUCAGCCUCCUGCAAGUGAUGACUGCCACGUUUGGAGACCUUCCUCCUAUUUGUAUGCAACCUCCCCCACAGCCUGAACAAGCCUCAUGUUGGCUGCAGUUCCACAGGCAAACACAAGUGCUUCACAAGGCGGACGGUCGUUUAUAUUUGUCUUUAUGCACAGAAGACGGUCAGCAUGUCGUACAAGAGAACGAAACCAACUGUUAAUGGCUCCU